AUGCCCGCGGCUCGGGAGCAGCCGAGGUCCGCGGACGAGCGGGCGACCGGCGUCGGGCCGGCAGCUGGAGAAGGAGGUGCCUGUGCCCGGAGCGCUGGUUGGGAGCGGAGCCUGCUCGUCAUUGGUCCCAGAGCCCCAGAUGUCGCUGCGUCCAAUGGGGAGGCGCGGCCCAGUGCCAGCAAAGUGGCAGAGGCAGUUCCGGUGGGCCGAGGGCGCAGGCCGCUGCGCCAAGGUAACUACGCGGAGCGAGUGGGCGCCGGGGCGCCCGUGUACCUGGCGGCGGUGCUGGAGUACCCGACGGCCGAGAUCCUGGAGCUGGCUGGCAGUGCCGCUCGCGACAACAAGACCAGGAUCAUCCCGCGCCACCUGCAACUCGCCAUCCGCAACGACGAGGAGCUCAACAGGCUGCUGGGGAAAGUCACCAUCGCGCAGGGCGGCGUCCUGCCCAACGUCCAGGCCGUGCUGCUGCCCAAGAAGACGGAGAGUCAAAAGCCGAAGAGCAAGCGACCCUGA